AUGAGUGGCCUUCGAUUUCUCGAUCUCAUCAAGCCUUUCACGCCGAUCCUCCCCGAGGUGCAGCAACCGGAAACAAAGGUUCCCUUCAACCAGAAGUUGAUGUGGACUGGUUUGACAUUGUUAAUAUUCCUGGUGAUGAGCCAGAUGCCAUUGUAUGGUAUUGUGUCCUCGGACACAUCCGAUCCUUUAUACUGGCUCAGAAUGAUGCUGGCCAGUAAUCGUGGUACCUUGAUGGAGCUGGGAAUCACACCAAUUAUCUCCUCUGGAAUGGUUUUCCAACUUCUGGCCGGAACGCAUUUGAUCGACGUUAAUCUCGACUUGAAGUCCGAUCGCGAGCUGUACCAGACAGCUCAAAAACUAUUCGCCAUUGUUUUGUCCAUGGGUCAAGCCACUGUGUUCGUCUUCACCGGUCUCUACGGUCAACCAUCCGAUCUUGGCGCUGGUAUCGUCUUCCUCCUUAUCCUUCAAUUGGUUGUCGCUGGCUUGGUUGUUAUUCUCCUUGAUGAGCUCCUCCAGAAAGGUUAUGGACUUGGGAGUGGUAUCUCUCUUUUCAUCGCCACCAACAUCUGCGAAUCUAUUGUGUGGAAAGCUUUCUCCCCCACAACGAUCAACACUGGCCGUGGCCCCGAGUUUGAGGGCGCUGUCAUCGCGCUUUUCCACCUCCUUCUCACAUGGCCAAACAAGCAACGUGCGCUCCAAGAGGCAUUCUAUAGACAAAAUCUCCCCAACAUCAUGAACCUCAUCGCUACACUUGUUGUCUUCGCUGCCGUUAUCUACUUGCAGGGCUUCCGCGUCGAAAUUCCGGUCAAGUCAUCUCGUCAACGCGGAGCUCGUGGCUCUUACCCAGUUCGCCUUUUCUACACCUCGAACAUGCCAAUUAUGCUUCAGUCAGCUUUGUCCUCCAACGUCUUUCUCAUCAGCCAAAUGCUCCACUCGCGAUUUGGUGAGAAUCUGCUCGUCCAGCUUUUUGGUGUUUGGGAAGCAAAGGAGGGAUCCGCUCAACUCUUUGCCGUCUCCGGUCUGGCGUACUACAUGUCACCUCCACUCAACUUUACCGACGCUCUGCUCGACCCCAUCCACACCGCUGUUUACAUAACCUAUAUGCUUGUUGCCUGCGCCGUCUUCUCGAAGACCUGGAUCGAGGUCUCUGGCUCGAGCCCUCGCGACGUUGCUAAGCAACUCAAGGAUCAAGGUCUUGUCAUGGCCGGUCACCGUGAACAAAGCAUGUACAAGGAGCUCAAACGCAUUAUUCCUACUGCAGCUGCUUUUGGAGGUGCGUGUAUUGGAGCAUUAUCAAUUGGUAGUGAUUUGCUCGGCGCCCUUGGAUCUGGCACUGGUAUCUUGAUGGCUGUCACUAUUAUCUAUGGCUACUUCGAGAUUGCCGCCAAAGAAGGCGACGCAGCGGGUCUGAAGGGUAUGGUUAUGGGCUAG